AUAGACGUGGUGGUGCCUGAUCUUAAGCUGGCAACCCACGUGGACAGAUGUGGACUACUAGUUUUAUACAGGAGGUACCAGGAAAUUUAAAUUAGAUUAUCCUGAAGCAAAGCUUCCUAUGCCUGUGAUGUGGAUACACAAAACUAAUAUGGACCUUCAACAUUCAGUAGAAGCUUGGCAAUAACAAAGCACCUGCUGUUAUUUGUCCAAUAACAAUGGCAUCUGAGGGUACCAGAGCAGACAGUGGUUCAGGGCCAGACUCUUCUCACAUGGACCCAAACUGGUGCAGGACAUCCAAAGGACAUAUUAAGAGGCCCAUGAAUGCCUUUAUGCUCUGGUCUCAAAUCGAGAGACGCAAAGUUACUCAGCGCUGGCCGGACAUGCACAAUGCUGAGAUUUCCAAGCGCCUUGGCCGUUGGUGGAAACUCCUUCCUGACUGUAAGAAAAGACCCUUUGUCCAGGAGGCAGAGAGACUCAGACGUGAGCACAUGGUCAUCUAUCCAGACUACAAGUACCGUCCUCGGAAGAAGAGCAAAAUGUCCACUGUCAGCAGGGCAAGUGAGAAGAGUCCUAAUAAUAGCUGUACAUUCAAAACCAUCUCUGACCAGCAUGCCCUGAGCAGCUGGAGCACCAGCUCAGAAGCCAAGUCCAGUGAGCAGAAUGGAGGAGAACAACCAACAGAUCUUGUCUGGACUGCAGCACCUGUCCUGCAUAGUCAACACCAGCAAGUCUGCCAGCUUGGAAACCACCCUGAUGUCCCUGACAUGCUCCAUUACGGCCUUCUGCAGUCUGGAGGACCAGUGGACAGCUGGUCGCUAACAUCCAUAUCUGGAAGCUCCUCAGCAUUAAGAUCCUUAAACUCCAGUGAAGAUCUUCUGCAAUUCAAUGCUGGCAGCAGUAGUGACCCUGGGGCAGAGCUACAGGGUGGAUGUACGCUGGACAAGGAACAUGACUCCAUUCACCACAGCUCUAUGGGUCACUUUGACUUCUCAGACUGCUGCAUGCUAGAGAUGGAUGAGCUCAUUUCGGACCUUGUGUUCAAGUACUGAGGCUACUUAGGAUCCUUUAUGACUUCAAGUUUAAAUCAAGUGAAGAGGUGGCUGAUUUUACCUGCUAACUACCAACUCCUGUCACAUAAACAGAAAUUUGAUAUCUCUUACAUGGUCAUGGCCUUUUCCGUCUCCAACCACAGUAACAGAGAGGUAACUCACAUGCUAUAGUCCUAUUAGCCUGGGCUCACAGCCAGGUGAGGGUAAAUCGAGGGACUCCAAUAGCCCAGGCACUAGUAGCUGUUUGGGAGUCAAUGACUCAUUUUAAAAUGGAGGGAUUCAGUGUGCCUUUCUUUGGGUUUCCCAAAGUAAUAACGCUCCCUUUAUUACACAAAACACGUCUAAAAGUGAUAAGUGGAUCCCAGGGAUUUUGGUUGGACAAAGCCAUUUCUGGACUCUCAAACACUGGACAGAUGAGGAGUGUUUAAUUUGAAAGACAGACAAAGAUUUCACUUGGUGAACUGUGAUCCAUCCACCUUGAAACCUGAACUUCUGAAAAUCUACCUGAUACAAUUAUAUCUUCUUUCUUUAAACCCAGUAAACAGAUAAAUUGGACAACAGUAGCUUGCUAGCUGACCGUGUAUGUCUGGAACAAAGGCAGGUCAACUCACCGUAUGUUAUUUGAACUGAGCAGAAGUACUAGGGCACUUAACCAUGUGCUAGGGGUGCUAUGGACAAAGGAAAAACUAAAGGAAAAACCUGGAGUGUGCUGGAAAGAAGGAUUCAUUCAGCUGUGCAUAGAAGGUUAGAACAUACUUCAGGAUCUUAGUGGCUACUUAAUUCUGGGACACAGCAAAACAAAAUUAAAGUGAGUGUAUCCACAGCAUGUUUGAGAAGAGAUUUGUUUAUAUAUGUGCCAUAACAACUCGGGUUAAGAUUGCGUUCAUCAUCCAAUACUGUAGUGGAAAACGUUGAGCCGUAGGAAAGGCAGCAGAAGUGUAGAAGUAAGUGGGGCAGCCCAGAGUAAAAAAGGAAUCAGUUUAGGGUAGAAAUGAAGUGGCCAGCUGGGCUAGAAGUGAAUACUGAAGACAGGAGAAAGGAAGCGAGCAAAAGUGACUAGGAGAGAAAGGAAAUUGGGUAAAUAGAUGAAUAGAAAAGGAAUGGGGUGGAAUAUAGAAGAAGUGAAGGAGCAGACAUGAUGAUGAAUCAAUGAAUGAAAUAUGUGGGACAGACCAGGCAUAUUAAAGAAGACUGGAGCAAGAGUGAAGGGGCAAAUUGGGGCAGGAAAAUAUAGUAGUGGACUGAGAAAGAUUAUAUUAGAAGUCAUUAGGAGAAGAACAGAAAAGGUAAAAAGAGUGGAAUGGGACAGAAAUGAAAGAAAGUAGAGGUGAUCAUGAAAGAUGAGGAAUAACAACAAAAAGACAAAGACUUCAGCAAGAGUCAAGGAGCAAAAAAGUACAGAAGACAAAGGCCCAGGAAAAGGAAAAGAAAAGUAGCAGUGAAGGAAAGCAGACAAGGAAUGAAGCAAGUGGGUCAGACCUGGGGACAAAAUGGAAGAGACCAGGGUAGGAUUUUAGGAACAAAGUGGGGAGGAGGUGAAUGCAAAUGAAGAAAAUGCAGAAGAUUGUGCCACAAGUAAAGAUUUGUAAAGAGAAGUCUAAAAGUCAGGGAAAGAGAUGAGGAAAAGGACAGGCGUGAACACGUGGGAGCAGAAGAGAAGGGAAAAAGGGUGUAAACUGAAGAUGAAAUUCAUAGGGAAUAAAUUGGUGGGUCAGAUGAUAAUAGCAGAGGUGAUUUCAAAAGAAAUGGAAAGAACGAGUCCAAAGUGUAAAAGAAUAGACAUGAACAGAAUGAUACUGGCCAGACGUGAAGAAUAGAAAUAAGGGGGUGCACUUGGGUAGAAGAACAGGAGGACAAACAGGGGUAAUAGUGAAGAAGUAGAUAAGCAGUGGCUAAAAGUGUUGGGAGUUGAAAAUGAGGAGAUCGAUGGGAAAGACAGACAAGCAGAAAUCAGCAGCUUUUGCUGCUAGUAGUUGGCACAAUUUUGGACUGAUUGACCAUCAACCUGAACAUAUUUAUAAUAUAUUUCAAGAAAAAUCUGGACAGUAUCUACUAAAAAAGAACUCUAGAACUUUGCAUUUUACUUGAAAAAUGCUCAUUGUUUUUUUAAGUUUUUGGAGUGAAUUUAGUAAGCAGAAACAACAUUAAAAUGAGAGUGAACAGGAAGACCUCA